AAAGGCAAGAACUUAGAACCCCAGUUUCCAGCCCAGUGCUCUUUGUCCUACCCCAUCCCAUUGUCAUAUGCAGGUUCUAGAAUGAACGGGACAAUGCUGUCAAGUAGAUUCCAGGUGUAAAAAGAAGGGACUGUGAGGCAAUGUUCUAGAAGAGUGGAGCCCACAGGGCAGGAGGCAGAAGACUAUUCCCUCACAAACAGGGGCUUGGGUGCAGCCAUGUCCUAUUUCAUGGCUCCACAAACUCAUCUAGCCCUUCUGCCUUCCCACCAAGGUGGGGCUGCUUCUCCAGGCUCGUCCCUUGGGCUCUAUAGUCCUGUAGAGCCAGUGGUGGUGGCCUCUGGUGGACUAGGCCCACUGAGCCAGAAAGCUGAGCAGGUGGCAUCUGCUAACCAGGCCUGGGGCCCCGCCUUGGCAGUGCCGGAAGCCAGGGGCCGCCCUGGGGGGGCUAGCUGGGAGACACUGCGGCAGAAGGAGUACGGCCGAUACUGCCACAAAUUCCCCAACGCGAGGCAGCCGGAGAGCCUGGGCUGGGAGGAUGGCUGCUCCAGAAACAGAACUCCCCACCUGGGUGGCCCCAGCAGGCCUGGGCCCCUGCUGCUGUGUGGGCUGUCACCAGGGGUCCUGCCGAUGCCCUCUGAGGCAGGGGGGAAGGAGGCCAGCUCCCAACCUGACAUCUGCAUCCUAACCCUGGCCAUGAUGAUCGCUGGCAUCCCCACCGUGCCCGUCCCAGGCCUGCGGGAAGAGGACCUGAUCCGGGCAGCUCAAGCUUUCAUGAUGGCCCAUCCGGAGCCAGAGGGGGCUGUGGAAGGGGCACAGUGGGAGCAGGCGCAUGCACACACAGCCUCUGGGCAGAUGCCCCUAGCAAGGUCCAGGAGGGGCGAGCCUCCUGGCUCCUGCUUGUAGCUGGAUGAAAUAGCACCAGA